AUGGCUAAGCAGUUAGAGGACUUGAAGUUUAAGCAAGUCCAUCAGAUGAGUGAGGUGAGAGUCGAAGAGGUGUGUGCAUUAUGUGAGUGUCCGGGGCAUCUUGUCACUGUCUGUCCUGCGUUUCCUAUUGUUAAAGACGCAUACCAUAGUAAUCAGGCUGAGGUGAAUGCGCUUAAUCAGCUCAAUGCCGCCGGUACUCAUUAUGUGAGCGAUUCUUCUAGCCCGAGUAAUUUGAAUCCAAGUUUAGAAGAGGCUAAGGUGAUCACUCUUAGAAGUGGGAAGGUGGUCGACAAGGACUUACCUCCAAUGCAAAAAUCGGUGCCACCCCCGGUGCUGGUAGCUAUUCAAGCAGUCGUUCCAGACUUGAGAAGUGUUCUUGAGGUAGAGAAAGAGGCGGAGUCUCCUGAAGUGGUGGUGCUUGCUCAUGCAGCCCCUAUGACUCUAACGCCACUCUUUGCUCCAUAUCCAAAUCGCUUGGCUAAGAUCCUCACCAAAUAUAAGGACCCUGGUUGUCCCACAAUCCCUAUAGUGAUCGUAGGCCAAAAGUUUGAUAAGGCUUUACUAGAUUUAGGAGUGAGUGUCAACUUGCUCCCCUAUUCGGUAUACUUGAAGCUUGGCUUAGGCGAUUUGAAAGCCACACCGGUCACACUACAGUUGGCUGACCGGAGUGUGGGAAUUCCAAAAGGGGUGGUGGAGGAUAUCUUAAUUCAAGUGGGAGAGUUUCUUUUUCUAGUCAACUUUAUUGUCCUGGAUACUUGCCCAAUACCGGAAGUCUUUGAGAAGAAUCCUAUCAUCUUUGACCAUCCAUUUCUUGCCACCUCCAGUGUUGAGGAUGAUGAGGAGCCUCCUAAACCAGAGUUAAAGCCUCUACCGGACACGCUUAAGUAUGCCUUCCUUAAUGGCGAUGAUAUUUUUCCGGUUGUGAUCUUCUCAUCCCUUAAGGCGGAUCAGGAGGGUAAGUUGAUUGCUUUGUUAAGAAAGCACGUGGGCGCGAUAGGAUGGACGACAGCGGAUUUGCAGGGUAUUAGUCCAAUGGUGUGUACACACCGUAUUUUUCUAGAUGAGGACGUGAAGCCUUCUAGGCAACCUCACCAUCAUCUGAACCCCAAUAUGAAGGUGGUGGUUCGGGCAGAGGUGCUGAAACUCUUAGAUGCGGGUAUUAUUUACCCGAUAGCCCAUAGUGAGUGGGUAAGCCUGGUGCAGGUAGUGCCUAAGAAUGCUAGAGUGACCGUCAUGAGAAACGGCGAGGACGAGCUAGUGCCGACCCAUGUUCAAACCGGGUGGCGAGUUUGCGUAGAUUACCAGAAGCUCAAUGCGAGCACCCGAAAAGACCACUUUUCUGUCCCAUUCAUUGAUCAAAUUCUGGAGAGGAUUGAGGUAGCCAGGAAGGAUCAGGAGAAGACCACCUUCACGUGUCCUUAUGGCACGUUUGCCUACCAUCGCAUGUCGUUUGGCUUGUGCAAUGCUCCCGAAACCUUUUCAAGGUACAUGAUGAGAAUAUUUAGUGACAUGGUAGAGAAGAUAGUGGAGGUGUUUAUGGAUGACUUUUCAAUUUUCGGGGAUUCGUUUGACGAGUGCCUCGAGAACUUAGGAAAGGUUUUGCAACGGUGCGAGGAGAAGCAACUUGUCCUUAAUUGGGAGAAGUACCACUUUAUGGUGACUCAAGGGAUUGUGUUGGGACAUAUUGUCUCAUCCAAGGGUAUUGAGGUGGACAAGGCGAAGGUUGAUUUGAUCACAAAUCUUCCCACUCCAAAGUCUGUUAAAGACAUUCGAUCUUUCCUCGGUCACACUGGUUUCUACCGGCGUUUUAUUUAG